GUCGGGCAGUAGCGAAGGGACGGCACGAUGGUGAAGCCUGCGGCGCCGACCAAGCAAAAGUCGCUCGCGGACGAUGACUUGCUGAAGCUUGAGAAGAUGGAACUGUCGGAUGACGAGGAUGACUUCCAGUACACGAACGUCGACGUGAUGGACGACGACGACGACGAUGACGAGGCGGACUUCCAGACCGUGCUGCGAAACCUGAACAAGGAAAAAGACGUAUCGAGUACCGAGAAAGCGCCAUCGCCAGUGUUCAAGGGACAGAGCGGGAGUGGGGGCUCGAAUAUUCCGUCCCGCACCAUCAGCACGCAAGUGCGGCCGUCGGUCGUCGACGACUUUAUUAGGAACUUUCUCAUCAAGAUCAGUAUGCCACGCACGUUGGACGUGUUCAACACCGAAUGGUAUGAACUCAUGGCGAAAGGAAAAUUGAAGGAAGAGGACAUUGGAAUUGUCCCGGACAUUUACUUGCGCAAUCAGUCGCUGGACGACCAGGUCAAAGCACUGCGAAAACAAUUGGACGAGACCAAAAAAAUCACGGAAAAGGCAAAAGGUACAUGGGACAAGUUCCGCCAUCAACGAGACGUCCACAAGAUGCACCAUCAGCGCGUCGUGCAAGAGAAGAAUUCCCUCAUGGACAAGAUCAAGAAGUUGCGAAAGAACAUUGCUGCGUACGAGCCGUUGCUGUCCGAGUUGCGAACGAAAUACGAAGUCGCGAUGAAGGAGAAGAUGCUCAUGCGCCUCGAACGCGAUCGGUUCAUGGCCAAAACCGACGCUCUGGAAGCGCAAGUUCGAGCGCUCGAACAGAAAGACAGCAAGGGAAGCACGAGCAAGUCGUCUCCUGCGAAAUCCUCUGGGCUCAAGAAAACCAAAAAAGGCGACACGAAAUUGCCAACGGAAAACGCUCCCAAUCCCAACGCCGACAAGACGUUUGACCCCGUGCAAAUCAAACGAGUCGAACUGGUCAAGGUGUUCCAAGGCCACCAAAACUCGAUCGCAGCCGUGGCAUUUCACCCUAAGAAUCCCGUGCUCGCGACCGUCUCGGACGACGAGACGUGGAAAUUGUGGUCCAUUCCCACCUGCGAGCUCAUCAUGAGCGGCGAAGGGCACCGCGACUGGAUUGCUGGCAUUGAGUUCCACCCCCGCGGGACGCACAUCGCGACGUCGUCGGGCGACAACACGAUCAAGAUAUGGGACUUUGUCAGCGCGUCGUGCACGUUGACGCUGCAAGACCACGCACACCCGGUGUGGGAAAGUGCGUUCCACCACGACGGCGACUUUCUCGCGUCGGCGUCCAUGGAUCACACGUGCAAGCUGUGGGAUCUGAACACGGGCAAAUGCCGCAAGACAUUCCGGGGCCACGUCGACUCGGUCAACAGCGUGUGCUUCCAGCCGUACACUGUCAACAUCUGCACCGGGUCUGGGGACAAGACCAUCUCGAUUUGGGACAUUCGAUCUGGGCUGUGCGUUCAAACGUUUUACGGACAUCAAAACACGUGCAACAGCGUGGCGUUUUCGACGGCAGGGGACACGAUUGCGUCCUGCGAUGCUGACGGGUUCAUCAAGUUGUGGGACGUGCGCAUGGUGGCCGAGCGCGCGACGAUCGACGGCGGACAGCAACCCCUGAACAGCGUCGCGUUCGACAAGAGCGGGCAAGUGGUCGUGGCUGCGAGCGACGACGGCAUGAUCAAAAUGUGCAACGCAAGGACGUUCGAGUACGUGUCCGACUUGAAAGGGCACGAUGGUCCCGUCCAGUCGGUCAAGUUUGACCCCGUUGGACGGUACAUUGCGUCGGCCAGCUCGGACUGUACGUUUCGGUUGUGGACUUGACACUAGUGUUUACGAUUGGUAGUACUGCGUGUAUCCUAAUGUUGCGUAUAAAUAUGGCUUUCAACGACAGAUGCAUUGACUUGGUCCAUAUCUGCUCAGUGGUUUCCAUCGCUGUCGGUGGCCAUGUCAGGCUCGUCCAAGUACAUGGCCGCACACUCGGCUUUUGUGGUGGUACCAGCGACGUCCACGACUUCGAGGAUGUAGUCGGCGGGGGUGGCGUUCGUUCCAAUGACGUGGCGCCACCACGAAUACGACACGAACCACGUUGUGGGAAAUGG